GCCAAACCUGCCCGAUCUGCCCGAGCACUAUAUAUAACUUAGUACGCUCUUUUUCCGCGAAUUUUUAACUUUUUACCAUGGCAAAACUCUCCGUCGCCGUUCUUUUCCUGUUAUUUACCCUUACCCUUGCUCGUACUCCGUUAACUCAACCGGAAAAUGACGCCACCCACCUCAAACUCCCUUCAGAAAAUGACGUCAUCCGCCCAGAACAUCCCAAUACUCUACCGGAAUUCGGCGAUUCAGCGUCUAUUCUUAGCCUACCUAGAAACUCCGUUGACGAAGAGACUCACUCAGUCCAUCCGAUGCCGUUGACCUUAGUCAAAUUCCGUCCAAUCAACCGUCGAUUCCGGCUCCGAUCUAACCUACCGUUCCGCCUAUGUCGCCACUAUUUCCACCACCGGAAUCAUGUAUCACGGCAUCAGAUCCCUUAUGGUAAUGACAUGAUACUCUCUUCCCGCAAAAACAUUGACUUUGAUAAGUUUGUAUACCGUGUUGGCGUGCGUGAAAUUCCGGCGGAUCGGAUCAAUUUCCCCCACUACCAUCUCAAUGACGAAGUCGAUGAUCACAAAGAGAAGAUCUCGAAGCUUCAAGACGAUCGCGAGAAGUUUGGGAAAAUGAAAUUGAAACGUCAAAAUCAAUUCCGUGUCCAUCGCUUUGUUGAUUUUAAUGAUAAUGAAGCUGACAAAAGAUCAAAGCACUUUGAUAGAAUGAAAUUAAGGAAGCGUUUUCAUUAUCGCGAUGCUGCUGAAGAAGAAGAAGAAGAAAAAGCUAAGUGGCAUAAGAGGGGAAAUAAGAAAGGUGGAUUCAUGAGAAGUAUUCGCAAGUUUUUUGCAUCACUACUUUGAUUGAAGCAUCUUUAUAAUUUUAACUUUGCUUUUCUGCUGUAUAAUUGAAUGCUUUUAGGAGUUAUAUUAUGUUUUUCCUUGUGUUUUUGUUUUGUUUUGGAUGAUUUUGCUCCUUUGUUUGUAAAUAACUCUGCAUCCAUGUGAGAUGUAGUAGGAAAUGUUCUAAUUAUUACUAUUAUUAUAUGAAUACGUUUUGGAAUAUGUUGUCAAUUGA